AUGGUGACCCCAUCCAAGGUGACCAAGAAACGGGCCCCGAAGUCCACCCCAAGUCGAACCCCUGCAAAGAAGACUCCGUCAAAGUCCUCCUCCUCUACCGCUCGAGGAGCCAAUGAUGAUGCAGACAAACAUUUCUUGUGGCUAUGCUUCCUUCACAAUGGCGGAAAACCGACUCCGGACUACCAUGAGAUCUGCACCGAGCUUGGUAUUAACUACAAAACCGCCGCAGGUCGCUUCUACAAGCUGCGAAACCACUUUGAAAAGACGGGAAAGUCUAGUGACACGCCCAAGAAAGAGGAGCAGGGAGACAGCGACACUGCCAUGAAGACAGAGUCGAACAUCAAGGCUGAGGAUUUUGAGGCCAAGGAAGAUUUUUCCAAUGAUGUCUGA